AUGGUUGCAUGUAAAAUUAAACCAAACGGACAAUUAUAUUUAGUCCCAGAAACUAAUUCAGUUCUUGAAGAUGAAAAUCAUUUAAAUAAUCUUAUAAUUCUUCAAAUAACUGGUGAAAUUAAUGAACAACUUUUGGAAAAUAAUUUAAUUAUUUCGGUCGUUUAUUUUGUGUUUGGAAGUGUUCAAAAUAGAGAAAUUUUUGGCGAGCCUUACAUUACAAUUUUGAAUAGAGAUUUAGGUUCUGGUCAUUUAAGUUUUGAAAUAAUGAAGGAAGGAGCUUUUCUUCUUCCAAAACUUUUCUACAAAAUGAAUGCUGGUUUUACACUUUAUUUACAAAAUUCUGAUGGAUCUUUUUCUAGAAUUGACCCUAUAAUCGAAAAACCUCUUUUUAAUGAAUAUGUCAACAAUAUUUUAAACGAAAAAGAAAAUGAUAAAAAAGUAAUUCAAAUAAUUGUGGAAUGGGAUUUGUCUUUAAAAGAAGAAUUUAAAUCUAAACUUGUUAAAGAACAAAUUAUCGAAAAUUAUUCGUAUAUUAAGAUUUUUAAUUAUGUUUCAAAACCUGUUCCUUUAAUUACAUUAAUUGAAAAUUUUGUUGAAUCUGGUAUAAUUUUAUUAAAAAAAUUAUAUCAAAUUUUAUUAAUUGUAGAACCAACGAAACUUUGGAACUGUCCAAAAUGUAAGAAACCUUCUGGAUCAAUUCAAAUUGAAUUUGAUCAGUUACCUGAUAUUCUUGUCUUUUAUAUAAAUCGUUUUGAAAAGACAAUAAAAAAUGUUAAAAGUGUACAAAUUCCGCAAGAUUUGCUUGAUAUGAAAUCCUAUAUUGAUAAUGGAGAAUCUGAAAAUAAUAAAUACGACUUGUCUUGUGUUUUGUUCGAUAGCUUUGGUCACUACACAGCAGCUACUCGUAAUUUUGUUGAUGGGCAUUGGCGUUUAUUUAAUGAUACGCUAGUUCAAGAACUUUUCUUUAACAACUCUCAAAAAGAAAUUUUUGAAUCGGUUAAUUCUUCAUUGUUUUUUUAUCAGCGCCAACAUUCUAAGACUGCUCGUUGGUUUCCCCAAGAUGUUCCAAAACAAAUUUUUGGAAAAUAUCAAGGAAAAAUAGAAAAUAAUAUGAUUGCUCUUGACAGCUUAAAAAUUUGCUAA